GCGCAGGCGCGUUCCGGGGGCUCCCGCUGGUUCACGGAUCACUGAGAGCCGGGCCGAGCAGGCGCGCGCGUGUAGACGGGGCGCGCCCCGGACGCGAACGACUGCUCCUGAGGUCUGGCGAGGCGGCGUCGGGAGCGGGGACCGUCCAGCUGACUAGGGGGCGCCGCGAUGGCUGAAGGUAGCGCGGUGUGCGACCCUCAGCACGCCGCGCGCCUGCUGCGAGCGCUCAGCUCUUUCCGCGAGGAGUCCCGCUUCUGCGACGCGCACCUGGUCCUCGACGGGGAGGAGAUCCCGGUGCAGAAGAACAUCCUGGCGGCGGCGAGCCCGUACAUCAGGACAAAGUUAAACUAUAAUCCUCCAAAAGAUGAUGGAUCAACCUAUAAGAUUGAACUUGAAGGGAUAUCGGUAAUGGUUAUGAGAGAGAUCCUGGAUUACAUCUUCAGUGGGCAGAUCCGGCUAAACGAAGAUACCAUCCAAGACGUCGUACAGGCAGCGGACCUGCUUCUUCUGACGGAUCUUAAAACUCUGUGCUGCGAGUUUUUAGAAGGCUGCAUUGCUGCUGAGAACUGCAUCGGGAUCCGUGACUUUGCACUUCAUUACUGCCUGCACCACGUCCAUUACCUUGCCACGGAAUACCUGGAGACUCACUUCCGGGAUGUCAGCAGCACAGAAGAAUUCCUAGAACUGAGUCCCCAAAAGCUUAAAGAAGUGAUUUCUCUUGAGAAGUUAAACGUUGGCAAUGAAAGAUAUGUAUUUGAGGCAGUAAUUCGAUGGAUAGCACAUGAUACAGAAUUAAGAAAGGUCCACAUGAAGGAUGUUAUGUCAGCACUGUGGGUUUCAGGGUUAGACUCCAGCUACUUACGGGAACAGAUGCUGAAUGAACCAUUAGUACGAGAAAUUGUCAAAGAGUGCAGCAACAUACCACUGAGCCAGCCACAGCAAGGAGAGGCGAUGCUAGCCAAUUUCAAACCCCGGGGCUACUCUGAGUGCAUUGUGACUGUUGGUGGAGAAGAAAGAGUUUCACGGAAACCAACAGCAGCAAUGCGCUGUAUGUGCCCUCUUUAUGACCCUAAUAGGCAGCUUUGGAUUGAACUGGCCCCUUUAAGCAUGCCGAGAAUUAACCACGGAGUGCUCUCAGCAGAAGGAUUUUUGUUUGUAUUUGGGGGCCAAGAUGAAAAUAAGCAGACCCUGAGCUCAGGAGAAAAGUAUGACCCAGAUGCAAAUUCAUGGACUGCGUUGCCACCAAUGAACGAGGCAAGACAUAACUUUGGAAUUGUGGAGAUAGAUGGAAUGCUGUACAUUUUAGGAGGAGAGGAUGGUGACAAAGAGCUAAUUUCUAUGGAGUGUUACGAUAUUUAUUCUAAAACCUGGACAAAGCAACCUGAUUUGACCAUGGUUAGAAAGAUUGGCUGCUAUGCAGCUAUGAAAAAGAAAAUCUAUGCCAUGGGUGGAGGGUCAUAUGGAAAACUUUUUGAAUCUGUGGAAUGUUAUGACCCAAGGACCCAGCAAUGGACUGCUAUAUGUCCGCUAAAAGAGAGAAGAUUUGGAGCAGUAGCCUGUGGAGUUGCCAUGGAACUGUAUGUAUUUGGAGGAGUCAGAAGUCGUGAGGACAUCCAGGGUAGUGAGAUGGUAACCUGCAAGUCUGAAUUCUACCAUGAUGAGUUUAAAAGGUGGAUCUAUCUUAAUGACCAGAAUUUAUGCAUCCCUGCCAGUUCCUCUUUUGUUUAUGGAGCUGUACCCAUAGGAGCCAGUAUUUAUGUUAUCGGAGAUCUUGACACAGGUACCAAUUAUGACUACGUGCGUGAGUUUAAAAGGAGCACAGGAACCUGGCACCACACUAAACCACUCCUUCCAUCUGACCUUCGCCGCACCGGGUGUGCAGCCUUACGUAUUGCAAAUUGCAAGCUCUUCCGCCUGCAACUUCAGCAGGGCUUAUUCCGUAUCCGUGUGCAUUCACCUUGAAGAGGAAGCAGAGCAGAAGCAGAGCUCCUGACCAAGUGCGCCCUAGUGUGGCUUUAUGUGAGGGGGACAGAGACGGCAGCCCAACCUUGCUCUGCGUGCCGGGCUUUGUAUGGUAACUCGGGUGGUUUUAUAAUGCUUAGACGCUUGAGCUUCAGCUCUUGUUUGGGAGAACACAUAACUGGUGAAAAACUGCCUGGGAGGAAUCCGUUCCUCCAGCCAGAUGUGUCUAUAGGACAAAUGGAGGCUAGUCAAUGUCAAAAGGAAGGGGAAAGUGAGACUCGGUAUAAUGUAAAAUAUUGAAGUUAAAAUACUAAGGUGCACUUUCCCUGAAGGGAACUCAUAUCUGACUGCUGUGUACCUGGCUUUGGUAAACAAACAAACAGAACUCCGUAUAUGCAAAGCAACAUAUCCAAACAUACCAAGACUGCUUUCUACUGCACUUGGAAGGAAAUAUGCCUAACCUGCCCAACAAAUUAAGGAUUGUGCCUAAAAUGUUAGAUUGGACUGUAUGCCAGCUAGUCUCCAUUUACUACUAGUAUUCUGUGCUAAGAAUCUUUUUUAAACUAUAUUAUGAUGAAUUGAAACUAAGAUAAAAUUUCUCUUUGAUGAUAUUCUAUCUUAGUAAUGUUAAAGACUCAAUAAGUUAAUGAGUCCGGUUGCAGCCCUCAUGUGAAUUUAAAGAAGUUGCUAACUUCUGUGUUAAUUUAGAUUAAGGUACAUCAUGCCGUAAGUUCUGGGGCAGUACUCUUGGAGUUGUGAAGGGUCUCAGCAGUGCCACUCUUCCUUUCAAUUCAUCAAAACCAUCUUAUAAACAUGAGGCUAUUGGAGAGGAGGAGAUUUUAUAAAAGAAAGACCUGAGCCAGGCAAAUAAUAAAGGUCUGCUGUGACUAAAAAGAAAAAAACAUAAAAAACUGUCCAGGCAAAAUAUAAGGGGAUCAAAACUUUUUUAAAAAUAUCUGUCUGAAAGCACACAAAGUCUUGUUUACUACUGUUUAGGAUCUGAAAACCUGUCUUAGAAUGCGAACAUGUGUUCAGAAUCUCGUCUUUGUAGAAUUAUUUUCUCAGUGCCGUUCACUAGUAAGAGUUUUAGACAAAUGACGAUAAAGUUUGGCUGGUAGAAUAAACUACCUCAACUUAAUUUUAUUCUGUUCAUAGUAGAGCAAAUUAAUCUUUUUCUCCUUUCCUAUCUCUCACCCCCAUGCCACUCUCCCAACUUCCUAUUGGGGGACAAAGUCUGUCAUUAGUAGCAUUUAUCUUUUAAGGGAUUUUGUUUCCCAUUCAAAUUAUACCACCUUAGUGUGAAAUCAGGGACUUCAAAGUGCUUGAUUACUUCAUCAUUUGAAUUUUAUGCAAUAUCAGAUUUCUAAUCAAUUUAAUAUAGAAUUCUUCAUUUUUAAUUGUUUUCUACAGCUUUUUUCUUUCCCUCUCCUAGAAUAUGGCUCUAAGACGCAGCAUUUUGUCUUAAAGAUUAAUGUAUAAAUGUAUCCUGCAGUUGUAAGUUUGAGAACAGGAAUUUCUUUAGGAAAUUUCUAUCUGGAAUGUUUGUAUGCUAUUAACAUGCAUAUGAAAUGUCGCUUGUGUUUUCCCACCAUAAACAGAAAAAAGAGUGAGAGUUUUUGUUGUUUUCCUAGUACCCAUUAGAAGUCAACACAAUGCUUUAAAAGUUGCUAAAGGGAGCCUUGCCCGAGGGGGUUCUAAAGAAUGUUAUGUGUGGUACAUUACUCUCUAUCCGGGCAAAAGAGUUUGGUACAGGAAGGUACGGGGUUUUUAUCUUCUCUGUCAGGGCACGAGGCCAGCUUUGCCACACGUUUGUGUAACGCAGUGAAAUUGAAUCUGUAAAUCAAGGACAGUCUUUUUGCUGUGUUGUGUACCAGUCAGCUGUUGUCCACACACUUUUCUCAAUGCUACUUUGGAUAUCUUUUCAUCAGAGCAAGCUCCAUGGCCACUGCAAAGAACGAAAACUUGCUUUUUACAAUUAGGUGUCAGUUUAGAGAAGACAAAUUGCUGAAAAAGUGAAUUUUCUUUGGUAAAAUAUCUUGUACAAAACACAGCUUUUGACAUUCGGAAGCUGCAGUUGCAGUACAUUAAAGUAGUAAUUGAUAUCUUAUUAAAGUCACGACAAUCAGCAGUUCUCUCUUUUUUUAAAUUUCUGAAGUUUAAAAUUCUUCCUAGUCUAUGCCAGGCCUUUCCAAGGAGACAGUUCAUUGUCUAGGAGUGAAUGGAUCCCUGUUGCAAUACUGUCAGUGCCUGCAUGACUUGGUCAGUUCAUUUUAUAAAGUUGUUUUUUUAGAUUCAGUUUGUUGACACUAUAGCUGCAGAAAUUAGGGAAUGUUUUAUAAAAUAAAUUUGCCACAUAAUAUGGGAUGCAACAACCAACAAAAGCUGCUAAGUGCCAAACUGUUUUUUACUAUAUAUAAAUAUAAAAAUAUUAUGUUGAAGUGUAGGGAUGUAUUUAACUUUAUUAUGUUCCAAAAUUAAUUGUGACUUUUUUUGUAAAUUACAGUUAUUUCAGUAUUGUGAAAUAAAUUUUAAUUCAUUUCAUGCAGGUUUGUGUUUUAACAUUCCACUUAUGACUUGAAACAUCUUUUCUUGAUAAAUUUUUGAUACUUUUUCCAGAAGGCACUUUUAUCAGGCGUACGUUGGAAUUGGCGGCUGAGGAUAGAUCUUAAAAUUUUAAAUACAAUUAUCUUUGGGGGAAGUGCAAUUUAUUCUCAUUAUCCCACCAACAGAAGGAAAGUUGUCUCAGGUUAGAAUAAAUUCGUGAAUAUUUAAAGGAUUUCUCCUACGCUACAGUCUAAAGUAGGUUGGUUGGUUUGUUUCUUUGUUUAACACAUUGAAAUGUAGAUUUUUCAAAGAUUUUUAAGUGUUUAAUUUACAAUGAAGUUUUGUGUGUUUUUUUGUGAUAGUGCUUAUAUCCUGUGAGAGGAAAAAGUGUGAGAAGGGAGGUGAGAGAGAGCGAGUGUGUGUGUGUUAUGUGAAUUGGUAAGUCUGUUUGUGUAUGUUUACUUUUGAAUUGUAGUUCCAGACUACAUAUAUUACUGUCUCCUGGUGCUUCAUAUAAAUUCUUGAGCCUGUGGCCCUUCAGUUUAUAUACUACUGUGUUAAACUCAUGUUGAGUGUAAAUAUUGAUAUAUUUGUAGUUUAGUUUUUCUUGGUGUUUGCAUUUCUUUUCUUUAGUGGGAUUAAAAACAAUGUUUACCAACUAGUAGUUGGUAUGCUAUAAAGAUUUGGCCUAAGAAAUUUCUAAAUUCAUUGUGUAUUUCAUUAAUUCAUUAUUUCAUUGCUGUGAGGAGUUAGUAGCUAACAGUAAGCUUUUUUCAAAUUAUAACAACCAAAAAAGAGCAUUGGGGGAUGUGGGACGGUGUGUAGUCAGUACUGAAGAGUUCUAUUAUAUUGCACUACUUUUAAUGAUGGCACUUUCUUCAGUGGUGCUUUAGAAGUGCCUUUUUAAUCAUUUAUAAGUAUGGGGGGUUCCCUAGGCAAUGUACAGGAAAUACAUUCUUUAUAUUGACAUGGUGGCAAGUUAGGUUUUUAGAGAAAUGUGUUAGCUGCCUUGGUCCAUUGGGGUUCCACUUGAUGUGUUCCCACUUCAGUGUACCAACCAGGAUCCCCAAAAUGUUUUCCAGAGACCACUAAAAACAGUGCAGAAUUACCUUCCAGAAUGUUGGCUUUGUUGAUUCAAGAGGAGGCCUCCUGUGGUCCAAUGAAGACAUUUGAUUAUCUGGGGAAAGAAUAAGGUACUCUUACACUGCAUACUGCAUCGAUGUCAAAAGUGCAGGGCUCUCUUAAAAAACACCUGGUGGAAGGAAAGGGUGAGGCUGCCCUUGUUCAGUGGCUGCCCCUCGUCGAGCCUAUGAGCCUUGGGGAGGCCAGUGAGAGUGGAGACUCUGAUUAGUGCAGAAAAGCCUGCCCUGGGUCUAAUCAACAAAUGUUUAUUGAGCACCUACUAAGAAUUCUACCUGGAUUUCUGGAGAGCUUAAGAGUGAGGCAGAUGUAACACUACCGCCCCCACCCCCCGGAUUUGUAAAACUGUGGGCAGAGGCCCUACUUGAGUCAUCUGCGAAUCCCAGUGCACACAGUAGGCAGUUAAUAAAUGUUUGACCGGUGAAUAUAGUAUGCUUUGAUCAAAGUGAUGUUCUUCACAGGAUUGAAAAGUACGCCCCGAGAGUGGCUUAAAAUUUUGCUGGAUUUUAAAUGAGAAAGUUUGUGGACAGAUGGCUGGGCUCAUAAUAUAAAGUGGGAAACUAGCAAAGAGCAAAAAAUACAAAGUGCCUGAUAUCUUAUGCACAGCUCUGUGGUCUCCGCAUGCUCUACAGAGUUUCCAGACCCUCUGCUCAGCAUGCUAAUGGCGUUUAUCACACUUACUGUUGGGUUUUAUUUAUUGCUUUUUAUGUGGGACUCGGAAUCUUUUCUAGAGCGUACUGCUUUGAUCCUCGCAUCUGUGCAAAGGGGCUGUGCUCUCCUCUGGACAGAAAGUAGUCAAGGCCCUGUAGGCGCAGCUUCGCUCCACCGCAGAUGUGAGCAGAAACCAAAAGCAGAAUCCAGCCCUUCAGAUUAUCCUUUCGCCGUUCCGCCUAUUAGACUAUCGCUUAAUUUUUAGGUAUAGAAGGAUUUUUAUAAUCAUAUAAUAAUCAUUAAACCCCCAAAACAUACUUUUUGCAAGUUGCACAGAUAUAAGAUGAAAGGUCUGUAGUUUUCUUUGUCAGUUAGAUGUAGGAAAUUUUUGAAUUUACUAAGUUUGUAAGAACAGAAAUAAGUGUGUUUAAAAGAGAAGCUGCUUCUGCUUUAAAGCACCAAAGCUUCAUCGAUACUUCCCUUUCUUGCCACAUGGGAUCAGUACGGGGGAAAAAAUAGUGUCUUAGAAUGUUGAGGAAAGUGUUCUGCUAGCUUUUUAAUAAUCCCUGAAGUAUUCUUUAUAGCCAGUUCAGAAAUUAUAGAAAUUUGUGGUAUGAAGGUGAGGAAUAACCCAUUUGCCCACGUUUGAGAACGUGAAUUCAGGUUGAGAGUUUAUCCUGCCUGCUGGCAGUGAAGUCUCAACAGUAUUGAGCUAUAGAUGUUUUCUUUACUUUUUUUUUUCCAGCCCUCACCCAAGGAUAUUUUUCCAUUUUUUUCCCCCAGAGAGUGGAAGG